GCGGGGGCGCGGCGCGCGGAGCUGAGGCGACGGCGGGACUGCGCGACGGCUCGGGAGCUCGGCAUGGCUCGCCUCGUGCUGGGUCUGAUCAGCUGUACCUUCUUCCUAGCAGCGGAUGGUCUCUAUUCCUCCGGUGACGAUGUAAUUGAAUUAACUCCAUCAAAUUUCAACCGAGAAGUUAUUCAGAGUGAUAGUUUGUGGCUUGUAGAGUUCUAUGCUCCGUGGUGUGGUCACUGCCAGAGGUUAACACCAGAAUGGAAGAAAGCAGCAACUGCGCUAAAAGACAUUGUAAAAGUUGGUGCUGUGGAUGCAGAUAAACACCAGUCCCUAGGAGGUCAAUAUGGUGUUCAGGGAUUCCCCACCAUUAAGAUUUUUGGAUCCAACAAAAACAGACCAGAAGAUUAUCAGGGGGGCAGAACCGGCGAAGCCAUUGUAGAUGCUGCUCUCAGUGCUCUGCGCCAGCUCGUGAAGGAUCGCCUUGGGGGGCGGAGUGGUGGAUAUGGUUCUGGAAAACAAGGUAGAAGUGAAAGUUCGAGUAAGAAGGAUGUAAUUGAGCUGACAGACGACAGCUUCGAUAAGAAUGUCCUUGAUAGUGAAGACGUUUGGAUGGUUGAAUUUUAUGCUCCUUGGUGUGGACACUGCAAAAAUCUCGAGCCAGAAUGGGCCGCUGCAGCCACGGAGGUGAAGGAGCAAACCAAAGGCAAAGUGAAGCUGGCAGCGGUGGACGCCACGGUGAACCAGGUCCUGGCCAGCCGGUACGGGAUCAGGGGAUUUCCUACAAUCAAGAUAUUUCAGAAGGGGGAGUCCCCUGUGGAUUACGAUGGGGGGCGGACGCGAUCUGACAUCGUCUCCCGGGCCCUGGACUUGUUUUCUGACAACGCCCCGCCUCCUGAGCUGCUGGAGAUCGUCAACGAGGACGUCGCCAGGAGGAGCUGCGAGGAGCACCAGCUGUGCGUCGUGGCGGUGCUGCCCCACAUUCUCGACACCGGAGCUGCUGGCAGAAAUUCUUAUUUAGAAGUUCUCCUUAAGUUGGCAGACAAAUACAAAAAGAAAAUGUGGGGGUGGCUGUGGACAGAAGCUGGAGCCCAGUCUGAACUUGAAACGGCGCUGGGGAUUGGAGGGUUUGGGUACCCUGCCAUGGCGGCCAUUAAUGCCCGCAAGAUGAAAUUUGCUCUUCUGAAAGGAUCUUUCAGCGAGCAAGGCAUUAACGAGUUUCUCAGGGAGCUCUCUUUUGGGCGCGGAUCUACAGCACCUGUGGGAGGUGGGGCCUUCCCCGCCAUCAGCACCAGGGAGCCUUGGGACGGCAAGGAUGGCGAGCUUCCCAUGGAAGACGACAUUGACCUCAGCGACGUGGAGCUGGACGACAUUGACCUCAGUGAUAUGAAGCUGGGCGAUUUAGAAAAAGAUGAGCUGUGAGAGGCGUGGCACAGACUUCAGUUUUCUUUUCUUGGGAGCAGGUUUCCCCAGCAGUGCAGAAGCAUUCUUUACAAUCCGAUGAAUCUGCCAGUGGCCUUUUUCACCAAGAAGUAGCACUUGAUUGGUCAUUUGAAAACACUGCAACAGUGAACUUUUGCAUCUCAAGAAAACAGUGAAAAAUUCUAUGAAUUGUUGUAGCCAGUGAAUUGGGUUGUAUUCUGUCAAGUAAUAUCGUGAAGGAAACCGACAGGCUGUUGAAAUAUUCUUCCCUCCCUCUGAUGGCUGCUUGAAUGUUCUUGGAGGCUGUUUCUUAUAUAUAAGUUUUUUAAUGUGAUUCUUUCAUUUGAAUAUUAAUGGCUUUUUUCCAUUAAAAAAUAAAAUAAUAUUUUGGACAAUGUCAAUAAACGUAUGAAAUUAGUGUCCA